UUAUACCCCAAGGUCCAUUCUGGUCCCUUAUCUCUAAAAAGUGUCAAAGUGAUCCUUUAAUUGUCCAAAAAGGACCACGUUUGUCCUUUCUGUCCAAAUGGCACAAACGGACGUUAGGUCUGUAUACGUGGCAGGUGACGUGGAAUGAUAUAAACGUUCUCUUCUUCAUCGUUCUUCAACGUUCUCUUCUUCAUCGUUCCCAGAAUUUCUUCCCCAAAUUCUAGGGUUCAUCGUUUGCCUCCUUUCUUCCCCAAAUUCUAGGGUUCACCAGUUUCCAAUGAAGCAGACAUCAUCAUCAAUCGCAGGGCCAUGUUCAUACGAAUCUAACACGAAGAAUGAUGGUUUUGCUGCAAACUUGAGAUGGAGACCCGUAUGUGGGUGUGGAGAGAUAGCUUUGCUUCGUAGGGCUUCAACAAGCACGAAUUUCGGGAAGCAAUUCUGGGGCUGUCGUAAUUACAAGGGUUCAACCCAAACAGGGUGUGGCUAUUUUCAAUGGUUCUUUGAUGAUGUGAUGGAUGAGAAAGACCAGUAUAUGAAGAUGCAGAAUAGUAGGAUGGAGAAGAUUCAAAUUGAACUUGAUGCAGCAAAAAUGGAGUUGGUAACUCUUAAGGCAACAAAUGACAGACUAAAACAAAAGACAAGAGAGUUGAAGAAGAUGCUGAAUUCUGAGAAAAAUUGGAAAAGGCUUUUCUGUGUUAUUUUAGUGUUGGUCAUUUGGAAAAGUCUGUAUUAGUAUGUUGUAAGGUUAUGAAUUAGUAUGUACUGAAUUUGAUAUUUAUUCAUGUAUCGAAUUUUAGUGUUGGUCAUUUGUAAUGUUAUGGUUUAGUGUUGUAAUGUUUUAAAGUGAUCAA